AUGAAAACAACUUGUCAUACUUCUUACGCUUCAUCAGUCAGUCGAUUCAGUCGAGGAAAAUUCCCGGCAAUUUCAAGUGAAUCCGAUUGGUUCUAUAGGCAUGUGCCCUGUCCUGCGGCUUUCUUUUUCUGUCGUUUGCAUCGAAGAUUACAAAAUUUCGAUGCAUGUUCCUGGUUCAUAAGUGGCACCUUAAUAAAAGGUCUCUUGUUUCCAAUGCCGCUUCUGAUGGGAGAUUGUUAA